AUGGUAGAUCACGGAGAAAGAUCGACUUCUAGCCAGCAUGAUGAUAUGCCACCUGAGAAUUCACCAACAUUGUCAUCGCCAAUUUCUGGCGAUGAUUGUAUGCGUACUUCUCAAGACGAGAUGAGCCCUCAUAUGACUCCACCGACGUUGGGUUGUGACGAAAAUGAAAUGGCAGCCGAAACUGGUGAACUCUAUGGAAACCUUAAAGCGGAAAUAUGGAAAGAGUAUGAGAAGCCAGUGAUGGUGAAGGGAACAUUAAAGGCUAAGUGCAAACAUUGCAAGACAUAUAUGCUACGUAAUCCAAGCCAAGGAACUAGUCACUUGAGAAAACAUUUUGAAAGAUGUAAAAAAAGAAAGUCACAAGACAUUAGACAAAUGGUCCUAAAAGGCAAUUUUGCGAAGGAAAAAUUUGAGUUGUCGCCCUAUAGUUUUGAUCAGGAGCUAUCACGUGAAGAAUUAGCGAAAAUGAUCAUCAAGCAUGAGUAUCCUUUGAAGAUGGUUGAACAUGAAGGCUUCAAAGACUUUGCUAAAAGUUUGAAUCCUUGCUUUAAAAUGUCUCAUAUUAUCAGGUUCAUUUAUGUGCCUAGUCCGCAUACUAGCGAAGUUCUGUGUGAAGCUUUAACUGGAUGCCUCUUAGAUUGGAACCUCGAUCGCAAGUUAUCCACAAUCACGUUGGACAAUUGUUCGACGAACGAUGCUAUGAUGAGAUUGUUGUUAGAGAAACUUCCAUCGAACUCGCUACUGUGCCGCGGGAAAUUAUUGCAUAUGAGAUGUGCAGCUCAUAUCUUGAAUUUGGUGGUGCAAGACGGGUUACGCGUCAUUGGAAGAACCAUUGAGAAGGUGAGAGACAGUGUUUCAUACUGGACUGCGACUCCUAAGAGAAUGGAGAAAUUCGAGGAGUCAGCUCGACAGCUUCGUGUGGAACUUGGUAAGAAACUUACACUUGACUGUAAAACUCGAUGGAAUUCCACGUACUUGAUGCUACAAAUUGCUUUGGAUUAUAAACAAGUGUUUUCUCGCUUAAAUGUUCUGGAUCCAAAUUAUAAAUCUUUGCCUAGUGAAACUGAUUGGCAUAUGGCUGGGGAAAUUUGUCGGAGAUUGAAAGUAUUCUAUAAAGGCACUGAGUUGUUCUCUGGUACCGAGUAUCCCACUGCAAAUUUGUAUUUUUCUAAAAUUUGUGAGAUAAAGCUUGCUUUGAAUAAUUGGGUUUCUUGCGGUAUUGGUGAGGUGGAGUCGAUGGCUGUAGAAAUGUUGAAUAAAUUUAAUAAUUAUUGGUCUGACGUGCAUGGUAUCAUGGGAGUGGCAACUGUGCUUGAUCCUAGGUAUAAAUGUGUUUUGCUUGAGUACUAUUUUCCAAUGAUUUAUGGUACCAAUGGUGAGUUUGAGGUUGAAGAGAUUCUUGAUGUGUGUCGUGAGUUGGUACAACAGUACGAGGCUAAAGAGAAGAGAGGUAGCGAUAAAAGUGUCUUGGUUGAUCCUAAUUUUUCUGAUGACCCAUCACUUAGUGGAUAUGACUUGUAUGCCUCUCAACGAAAGAGAAAGUCUACAAAAUCGGAGUUGGAUUUGUAUUUGGAUGAGGAUGUUCUACCACGAACGCUCGAUUUCGACGUCUUAAGUUGGUGGAACUCUAAUAAAGGCAAGUACCCGAUUUUGCAUCAAAUUGCUCGGGAUAUCUUAGGAGUUCCGGUCUCUACUGUUGCUUCCGAGUCCGCUUUUAGUACAAGCGGACGAUUGAUUAGUCCUCAUCGUAGUAGACUUCACCACAAGACUAUUGAGGCGUUGAUGUGUUCACAAAGUUGGAUGCAAUGCGAGCAAGAAAAUAAAACACAUGGUGAAAAUGCAACGGUUUUUUAUGAUUCGGAUGUCGAGGAUAACGAGACUUAG